UGUAGGGGGAGGGGGGUCGCUUUUGUUCUGAAGAAAAGGGGGCUUGUUCCUCGAGGAACAUCAUACCAUUUUAACCAGGGGUGCAAGCGUGAACUGGGGAUUGACACUGGAGACAGGCAACGCGAGUAGAGGAGGGACAGGGGGAAAGAAGUCAGUAUCGCGCCACAGCUCACCGAAGCAACAUCACCCUAUGGCUAUCACCGCACGGGAUGUGGAACUCAGCGCCUUCUGACUGCCUCAAAGGGAAUCCACUAAGUCCGAACUAAUUUAUCAUUAGAUCAAGUCUAGAAGUCAGCCUCAAAGGAUGUCUGUGUCGUGGGAACUAUAUGUACCGGCGUACAAAUACAUAUACUGAUAUAGAAGCAUUUACAUUAAUCUGUCUGCAACUAUAUCUGUGGACAUCGGAGGAUUCCUGCUUUUUAUUUGGCGAAGUCUUCAUUUUCUUAAAAAAAAAUAAUUUUAUGAGCGUUCGUCUAAGUUUAAAAUGUACGUCUCGUUGUUGUACCGAGUCCGUUCCCCUGUACGUGAUUCAGAAGUAGCUAAUAAUUGAGGAAAAAUCAUCUGACACUUGUUCUCAAGAAGGAUAGUUGCAUUUUUAUGUCAUCGCACGACAGACCCGGUCGUUCGCGAGGACGUGUAAUAUCUGGUGAUCCUCAUUUUACGGACUUUUUAAAAACUUAUACUGAAACACAUUCAUUUGAUGAAUUAUUUUGAUGAGUCGGUGCUAUCCCCUCUUUAUUUUCAUUUUUAUUUUUUCCUGAUUUUGGAUUUCCAAAAUAUUGGAUUCUGAAGCGAACCAAGAAGUGGAAAGAAAUCAAAUGAGUUGAGCAGACCCGCUUCCUCUGCUGUUUUUAAAAGAAUUCACUGCAUUUGGUACUGUAUAAUUCCUGAGGGUCACUUCAUUUCAUCUGAAAGGACAACAGCUACGAUCAAAAUGAGACUGAUGCCAUCCAGAUUAAGCUAUCUGUUCCUUCACUUCUUUGCGUUUUGCUACUAUGCUCAGGUAACCAUUCAGUCCCCGCCUAAUUUUACGCAGCAUGUGAGCGAGCAGAGUAGAGUGACUGACCGGGUGAGCCGUAGGCUAAUUCGGACCUACCAGCUUUACAGCAGAACGAGCGGCAAACACGUGCAAGUUCUUGGAAACAAGAAAAUCAAUGCCAUGGCCGAAGAUGGAGAUGUGCACGCCAAACUCAUAGUGGAAACGGAUACGUUUGGAAGCCGGGUUCGGAUUAAAGGAGCGGAGACAGGAUACUACAUCUGUAUGAACAAGAGAGGGAAGCUGAUUGGCAAGAGAAACGGACAAGGGAAAGACUGCAUCUUCACGGAGAUCGUCCUGGAGAACAACUACACAGCCCUGCAGAACGCCAAGUACGAGGGCUGGUACAUGGCAUUCACACGCAAAGGCCGGCCCAGGAAAGGGUCCAAGACCCGCCAGCACCAGCGGGAGGUCCACUUUAUGAAACGGAUGCCCAAAGGACACCACAUUGCUGAGCACAGACCCUUCGAUUUCAUCAACUAUCCGUUCAACAGAAGGACUAAACGAACCCGCUAUUCGGGAGAGCACUGAGCCAUGGACAGGAGAAAAAAAAAAAAACACAAACCACAAACAGCAGCAACAUUAAUGGCGGACUCCUCACAGAUUCAUUGUAAUGUUUUUUUACUGAACAUUAAUAUACCUAAUAUUUAGUUGUUUAUAAUUUUUUCAGAAAGCAUAAAAUACUAAAAAAAAAAAAACAAGAAAUCUAUUUUUGUACUCAAGACUCUUAAGUACUGACUUGUAUAAAAUGUUUUAGAAAGCGAUGCACAUGAUUUAACAGGCGUGAACGCUGGUGUUUAGUAGUGCGUGGACUUUUUUUCGUCUUGUUAUUUUUUUUUCCGUUGUCAUUUUGUUUUGUUUAGAGUAUUUGCUACACCUCCUAUGCUGCUCAAGGAGACUUGAAGGGCCUGAAAUACCGCACUGAGGACAAACAGCGCUAUGUUAACCAUUUCACAUUCAGAAAGGGCACCAAGGCCAUAGCAACAAGCCACUGAAAGAGUAACCUCUUCGGAUUCGGUUAAGUCUUCUCAAGAGACAAUAUUAUUAAAGCAAACACAGCUUUAAACACAUAAAAUUAUG